GAUACACACAGAGCAGGAAGCAAAAAAGCUUAUCGUCCUGGUUAUUAUCAUCACCAAGAAUUUGCACUUCGCCCGCUACAUAUUUGCCUCAUUGCCAGGGUUCCCGAAAAUCACUCAGGCCUGUAUUUUCACUCGCCCGUCCACUGGGGUCAUUCGGCACAUGCCAUUUCUCUGAACAAGGACGAGGCAAUAUUACGAAACUAUAGCAUCCAGUACGACCGUCCGAGACAAUUGGUCCAACCAAUUGCGCCGUCGGAUCCCUGCUAGACGCAAAUCCCUCAUACUUCUGACCCCAUAGGGGCCGGCUCUCGUGCUCCACAACUGGCGCGGUUCGGCGCAAGGUACCAUCGCCGAACUAUCUCAGAUAGAUAAUUUUUCUUUUGGACGAGUGUUAUAUUUAUACUUAACUAAGCCCUCACCGCCAUCAAUGACUCAAAGCAACAACCAUCAUCGCCGCACCUCCUCGGGCUCCAAUGUCCCUAAGCUGAGGACCUCCCGGCCGGCUCUACAUCGGAAAGGCACAUCCUUUGUGAACCACUCCAUCUCCAAACUAGGUUCUGGACAGAUCACCAGGCAGUUGGAAUCGGAGGACGACCGGCAGCCCGAAAUGGCGGCCAGCUUUCUCAACUUUUGCGCCAUGUGCGAGAAACAGAUAACAGUGCCUGACAACUCUCUCCUAUAUUGCAGCGAAAGCUGUCGCCGCAAAGACUCUCACAAACCUCUUUCCGCCUCCUUCUCAUCAAACUCCUCGAUGUCUUCUCAAACCACCCCUCCUACCUCUCCUCCUAUGUCUCCUCGGAUAAUUGUAGCACCCAUGACUCCCACGCGAGGUGCCCUCAGAUCGUCGUUCUCUUCCAGGAUAACCGGCGAAUGGAAUGAUGCCAAAACGGAUCAGGAUCCAUCCGAAUGGAAGCCUGUGAUACCAAUGGGAUCUGGUGCAAGUUCUCUGGCGUCCUCGGAAGCUUGGCAGUACUUGUCCCAGUUUCACAGUGAUGAUGCCGUGAUGCCCGCCCGUCGCCCCCGCUUCGAACACCGUAGUUCGACAAGCCUGUCGACGCUCUUUAGUGCCACGGGGCCUGUUCCAUCGCUGAUGCACACCCCGUCUACCGCCGCAUCAUCGCUCAGCAGCAACGGGUCGGAUUAUAUGAGCUAUGCGCAUGACACCGCAUAUCGCCCACUGCCUCCUCGGCACAACCCCUACUUCUCUGGCUGCUCAAGUGCCACGAAGGGGGUUGAGCUGGUAGUGCCCCAUGUUCAUAAUCCCACGGAAGAUGUUUCCGCUGUUGGCAUUUCCAACGACGGUUCGAUUUUCCCUGCCAGUAGUGCGCUGUGGGAUGAGAAGCCUAGUGGAAAGGCACCUACCUUGAGUACGGUCUUGGGUUCUGCAAACUCUGACGUGCCUGCUCGUUCCCUGGAGGAGUCUUUGUGAAGGCUAUUAUCAUGAUUCUACAGCGCUUCAAAGCGACCCAUACUUCCAAGUAUUAGCCGACAUUGCGAGUGCUCAGAUGCUGUGCAUGUGUGCCAUGCAAAGGGCUAAGCUCGGCAUCUUUUUUCUUUUCUGUUAAUGUCCUCUGGUCUUCUGUUUUUAGUCAUUUGGUAAUAUGCAGAAAUUGAGCGGGAAAAGGCAAUAGAGUCAGCAUGAGAGAUACGAAGCGACGGAUGAUAGGCGUGGAAAUGGCACCUUCCUUUCGGAAACUGAGCUCAUAGCGGAUGCUUGGGAUAGAUACUUAAUACCACACGGACUUCGGGCAUUGUAUAGACGAGCAGGGAUUCCUAUAUAGAACUGAACAAGAUUCAAUUGCAUAUACAAAGUGCGCCAAUUAACUUGUGACAUGUCUUGAGACCGAAUC